CUUCAAACAUGGAGCCCCAACCCCCACCCACGCGAAAGAGAAAGAGAGCGGAUACUCAAGAUGUCUUCGAAGAGAAGGUUGCUAACUUGUCGUUGGAUGAUUUCCCAACGCCUCCAGGAGUGAACUCGUUCGGUGGAGUUGAUGGACAGAAGUUCGCUGAACCCCGCGAUGCCGCAUCAGCGGGCCCCUUCAAGGAGAACCAAAUCCGGAAGAAAAAAGCACCUGCCAACGAGGAAGAAAAGAAGGAACUCUACAAGCUUGAUCUAUCAUACUUUAAAGCUCUGUAUAAUGCCAAAAGCUAUGAAGAGAAUGAAUGGCCUGCUCACGCGUACUGGUGUCGCCGCAAGUUUUGGGAGCAUUACUACAGGGCCGAUCUAAGGAGCAAAUAUCCAGAGGCCCCAGAGUCUCCCGAAAACCAGAUGGCAUCCCUCCGCGAAGGAUACGCCAACCAUCGCCCACCAUGGUGGUUCCCCGGCUUCCCCGACAUCGAGAAAACCCGCACCAGAUUCCCCACAGCCUGGAGGCACUACGAGAAUGCCAUCCCACAACCACCAUCCCCAGAUAAAUACGAUUUUGACGCACACGAUGCUCAAAGGGCUAUUGAAGCAUGGAAGCUGAUGACCAACGAGCAGCUCGAGAUGAUGAUACAGCUAGGCGAACCUGGCUGCCUGAUGGAGCGAGAGAGAAUCAAUGCAACCACGGAAGUCAUUGAAGAGUAUAACCAAGCGAUUCAAGACGUGCAAAAGCGCUGCGGGCGUUGGGAGAAGCGCCUUGAGUAUCAUAACAAUGGGAUUCUUCGAGCGAAGGCUUUCUUGAACCAGCGCCGGGCGGAAGAACUUGCUGCACACGAGGAAGAACCGGCACGGAAAAAAAGACGUACAGACUGA